AUGGCCAGUCAUCACCACCAAGCAGUGAAGCUCGAGACGUCAGGCUCCGACUACGACUUCAUCGCAAAAGAUGAAGACCUUUUGUUUCUUAAUGAUCACUUGCCUAAUCUUGGAAUCUGGUAUCACACCAAUGAGACUUGGUACUCCAAUUUAGACAUUGUUGAGCACAGUAAUGCUGGUGUCGUCAAAGAUAAUGCCAUUCACCUUGGCGAUGUGAAUGGGUUAUUAGAAGGAAUUAAGGAAAUUAACGGGUUCUUCGAGACGACGGGAAAAAAGGCGGUGUCGUCCGGUACCCAUGGAGAUCGAGCAGGCUUGCCUGAUAACAUGGCUAUGGGUAAUGGAUCGUCAGGAUUAAGUGUGGAACGUGACAGCAAAGAAUUGGAAACCAGGACCCGCAUCAAGAUGUUGUCCCGUGAAGCCAUCUCCGAGUACUUCUACAUGCCGAUCACACAAGCCGCCAAGGAGCUCAACGUCGGGCUGACGCUCCUGAAGAAGAGGUGCCGGGAAGUCGGGAUCCGCCGGUGGCCCCACCGGAAGCUCACGAGCCUCCAAACCCUUAUCAAGAACGUCCAGGAACUGGGAUGUGGAGAGGACGAGAGGAAGCUGCAGGAGGCGAUAGAGUUGCUGGAGAGGGAGAGGAAGCUGAUGGAGGAAGCGCCCGACCUGAAGCUGGAGGACAAGACGAGGAGGCUGAGGCAGGCGUGCUUCAAGGCCAACUACAAGAAGAGGAAGCUUGUUCCAUGAACAUCAUCGUGAUAUACACGAGAUUCGUGUAUGUGCUCUUCUGAAUGUCUGACCUAGGAUAGCAUGUAGAUUUGAUCUGUUUCCUCUUUUUAUUUUUAUUUUUUUAGCAU